AUGUGCAAACCAACUGUAAAUUAUAUCCACAACAACAACAACAAACAAACAACAAUAACAGUUCCAAUUCACAAAAUGGAAGCAUUAAGCGGCGAAACAAUUUAUCUUCCAUGCAAUGUGAGUACGUAUGAAGGAGAUGACGCCGUACUCAUUCUAUGGUAUCGCGAGGAUAAAGGAACGCCAAUAUACAGUGUCGACAUCCGUGGUGGAGGAUCAAAAGCUGCUAAACGAUGGUCCGACGAAAGUGUGUUCGGCGGAAGAGCCUACUUCAUUUUUGACAAGGAGCCUGGGGAGCUAUCAAUACAAAGUACUCGUGAAACCGACACAGGAAUCUAUCGGUGUCGAGUGGACUUUUUGAAAGCUCAAACGAGAAACAGCAAAAUAAAUUUAACCAUUAUAUCACCACCUGAGCGCAUUAGCAUACGGGAUGAUGCGGAUAUAGAACGUUCGAGUAUUGUGGGGCCGUACAGUGAAGGCGAUGUGGUGUCCUUAAAAUGUGAAGUUUAUGGAGGCAAACCAACGCCAACCAUAAGCUGGUACCGGGACGGCAUUCCGGUAAUCUCUGAAACAAAUCAUGUCCCAGGCGGACGUUAUGUACAAAGUGAAAUUACAUUGGGUCCCCUUAGCCGGGAGGAUCUUAACUCAAGACUGACAUGCAGAGCAAACAAUCAUCCCAGGGCAACACCAAUUGAAUCAGUAGUACAAAUUGAUAUGAACUGUGAGUAUAAUGCCUUCAGGAUGUUCCCAAACCCGUUCACCGAAGAUCCUUCCUUUUGCAAUCCAAAUCCUCCUUUCCUUUUAGGUAUCAUACUAUGA